UCGAAGUUCGAACCACUAUUUUCGGGGUUGGACGAUUCACAAAAGAAAGAGAGAGAGAGAGAGAGAGAGAGAGAGUUGGGGGCGUACUUCUAGGGUUAGGGUUUUUUUUUUUUUUUUUUUUUUUUUUUCUAUCCUCGGCCACUCCGAUUGGUCUCUCGAUCACCUUCCCCAACCGCGCGCGAUUCCUCGUCCGGAGCUCGCGCGAUUGGGCGCCGCCACCGCCACUCCAGAUGCGGAGAAUCUAAAGCCCUCGAUUGCUAGUGAAAGAGUUGCAAUUUGUAGUUUGGGAGAUCACAGCAUGGAAUCACGACAUGUGGGAACAAAUCUGGUCGAGCCCGGCGUACAAAGUGUUGUUCCUUCCGCUGUAGUUGUUCAACCAUGGUGGAGGGGUCCUCCGGCUUUCGGUGUCGCGCAACCACUCGGAGGAUCUACACCCAAAGCUUCGCAAUCGCAGAUGGGUGAUGGCGCGAAUGGAGAUGUCGGCUCGCAGACCCACAGUUCUGGCGAGCAAAAAGCUGGUAGUAUCGGACAGGAAAACCAGCUUCUGCCACCUGCCUCAUCUGUGCUUGCUCCUGGGUUACCAGAAUUUGUACCACAAACCCAGCUGGAACUUGGUCAAUCAAUUGCUUGUGCACCAUUCCCAUACUCAGAUCCUUAUUUUACUGGCGUAAUGACUCCUUAUGGUACGCAAGCUCUGAUGCAGUCUCAGUUUAUUGGAAUGCCUCACACUCGCAUGCCAUUGCGUCUUGAAAUGGCUGAAGAGCCUGUUUAUGUAAAUGCAAAGCAAUACCAUGGAAUUCUAAGGCGAAGACAGUCAAGAGCGAAGGCUGAGCUUGAGAAGAAAGUUAUAAAAUCUAGAAAGCCUUAUCUACAUGAAUCUCGCCAUCAACAUGCAAUGCGGAGGGCGAGGGGUUCAGGAGGUCGUUUUCUCAACACAAAGAAGGCCGAGGGCAAUGCGGCUGACAGCCAGCAGGCCGAGAAGGGGAUGAAUGCUCUUCCAACGCAAUCAGCUGCCUCUUCUGCUUCUGAGGGACUUCCUUCCGACUCCUCUGGAGAAGUAGCUGUCAUAACUGGUACUCGCAUCAGCAGUGGUAACGAUAGCCCACAUUCUCGCUUCCACAGAUCAUCCAUACAAUCCAAAAGUAGCGGCAUCCCAGUGAAUCGGCCACCUGACAGAGCUGUUGCGAUCUAGUGAUAUUUCCCAUCGAGUGUCUCUGGUGCUUCCGGUAUUGCCUACUCUUCCUUACGCAUUAUAUUAUAUGUUCUACCCCUAGUGAAAUUAUUUUCGGGCAUAUUUAGUAGUAUAAAAUUCAUGAUUAGUUACCAUACUAUCUCAUGAUAUGGUCCCUCUACUUUUCACUUAAAACGAUUCAGCUCCCAAACUUUCGCACAUGUGCUUUAAUCAUUGACCGUUUCAAAAUGGCUUCUAUUGUAAAUCGACCUUUGAACCUUGUUUGACGUCACCACAGGUGAGUCACUAAUACAGAUAAGGCUUUUUAGAGGCGAAGUCGUAAAAUGAUCGUUUGCAAGGAAACUUAGAAUUUUUUUUAGGACUGAGGAUUAAAAAGUGUUUAAAUGAAAAUACAGGGAUCAAGAUGCUAUAUCAGGAUAGUACAGAGACACUUCAUAUGAAUAAAAUAUUUUUAAUCAUGAUAUAAUUAUAUGAUCCUUGUCAAAGCAUGUACUGCUAACCGCUGUUCUGGGUUGUGGCGGCACUGCGAUCCAGUGGCAUGAGAUUCAGCUUGGAGGAAUGUCGCUGGCUCAUCGGUUUGUUUCAGGCAAAUCAUUCUUGGCUUUGUCGGUGUUGUUUUGGUCUGUUUGUGGGUGGUACUUUGAAGCUGUUAAUACUGUGCACUCUGUAAAAAUGAAAUGGUAGGAUUUGGGUAGUUGAAUCAGUAUGUACAGGAUGGGACUUAUGAGUUUGGUACUUUCCUUUUCGAGUUUGAAGCUUAUAAUCCAAAUGGAAUCAAAAUGGCUGUUGAACUUGUACUUUAGUGUUCAAAAAAUGAUUUGUGUUGGAAUUCGAUUUUGAUUUUUUUAAA